AGGAGUAGUGCCAGGAGUAGUGCCGGGCAUAGUUGUCACGACAGUCGUUCCAGGCGCAGUUGUUCCUGGUGCCGUUGUUUGUCCCGUACACACAUUUACCGUAGAGACGCUGGUAGUGGUUAUCGUCAACGUGCUAGCCAUCCCUGACUCGGUGACAGUCAGAGUAGAAGUGCCGGCGCCGCCUGAUUCGGUAAUAGUCAUUGUAGACAUACCACCAGUGCCCGAUUCUGUGACGGUAACAGUUCCGGCAUUUCCGGUACAGGACUCGGUCAUAGUAACGGUCGACAUUUCGGUGCCUCCCGAUUCGGUAAUGGUAACUGUGGAAACCCCAGUACCGCCCGACUCGGUAAUGGUGACGGUAGAAGUUCCGGUUCCGCCUGAUUCGGUAACGGUAAUAGUAGACAUACCAGUGCCGCCUGAUUCCGUGAUAGUAACGGUAGACAUAAUACUAGUACCCGAUUCGGUGAUAGUAACGGUUUCCGUGCUCGGAGUAUUCGACCCCACCGGAGCAGUUCCCUGGCCAGCCGUGAUCGUCGUCAUGAUCGUCUCGGUGCUCCCGGGAGCAGUUACAGUUCCGGCAGGAUAUGUUGACCCGGCUCCCACAACCGUGGUGGUCUCAGUCACAGUAGUUCCCGAGCCCUCCGACGUCGAGCUGCACGACGAAGGAUAACAUCCGCUCGCCGUUAAUGUAAUCUCGCUGCAGUUACUUCCUCCGGGAGAAAGAUAUACCAUCACAAUGUCUUGCACGCCCGUCUGACACACCCAGAAGGUAGACUGACCGUUGUAAGUCACCUCCCCGCUGCAGCCGAUAGCGAAUCCGGGUUGGGGUGGCGAAUCAACGUCGCACUGAAGUAUGGUAGUCGGCGGCGUCCACCAGCAGGUACGGCCUGUAGAGUCGGAUAGCGUGUCCCCGUUCAGGACGAAGGUCGACGCCGCGCCGUUGGACCCGCUGAUGCCGGCAUUUGUCUGGCCGCUGCUGUAUUGCCCAAUUUGGCCAACGAACGAGCCAUUGGUAGAAAGAGUGAAGUCACAUCCGCUCUGACGCGCAACGAGGGAGUAUGCGCCGCCGACGACGGACGAUAUAAUAAGGGCCUUGCUUUUGUGUAUCAUCUUGACGGCCUUGUUCCAACGAAAAGCUCAAGAUCGUCAAAUUUGCUAAGGGUCAGGUGUACGAAGCUGGCCCCAAAAACGACAGACUGAAGAGGAAAAGAAUUUCACGACGAGGAGCAGAGAGGUGGCCCAGCUUAUAUUGCCGCCGCUCGAGCAAGGAAACCUUGCCGGCAUAGAGCUCGCGGAAACUUGUUUCGAUUCACGGAGGAGAGAUUCGAAAGGGAUACAACGUCAUCCAUCGACCGUCCAUAGCAUGCGACUCUACCAGGAAUGCAAUUUACGUUAUAAAUUAUCAUCUUG